AGGUCAUUUGGAAAGAAACCCAGCCAGCCUUUCUCCUCCAGCGUUUCGCUGCCCAUUAGUGCAGUCAGCUCCUGUGUUGAAAGACUGAAGGGGACUUUUUUUUCUUCAGGAAUUCUUCUUUCCCGAAAAACAAUUUCCUCCAACAUGACCUCUAAUUCCAAUUUAUCCAAUAUGCGACGGCUGGUUGAGCAACUGAAGCUCGAGGCCAGUGUGGAGAGAAUCAAGGUGUCCCAGGCGGCUGCAGAGCUGCAGCAGUACUGUCUGCAGAACGCAGGCAAAGACGCCCUGCUGGUUGGAGUCCCCACAGGCAGCAACCCCUUCAGAGAGCCACGCUCCUGUGCUGUGGUGUGAAGAGGAAGAGGAUGUGGACACAACUGUGGCGUCUCACUCACAGAGGAAAAAUAAUUCCAUUUAGUUUGUAACCAUUUUUAUUCAUGUGUUUCAUUUUAAGAAAAUUAUAGAUAAGC